AUAAAUAGCGAGCUUCACAAGUGAUAUUUCCACCAUCAUCAAGUCUCUCAGCCUUUUAAGCUCUACAAUCUUCUUAUUCUAGCUCCUCCAUUUGAAAUCACAAAAAACAUAUACGAAAAUGGCAAUGAGUAGUCCAUCGAUUUUCUUAACCACAUUUCCUCUCUUUCUCCUCUUGACCUUCACCAACGCUGGGAUCCCUGGCGUCUACUCCGGCGGCUCUUGGCAAACCGCUCACGCCACUUUCUACGGUGGCGACGACGCUUCCGGAACGAUGGGUGGCGCAUGCGGAUACGGGAAUUUAUACAGCCAAGGGUACGGCACGAACACGGCGGCGCUAAGCACGGCACUUUUCAACAGUGGCCAAACCUGCGGCGCAUGCUUUGAGAUAAAAUGUGUCAAUGAUCCUAAGUGGUGUCACUCAGGCAGCCCUUCCGUCUUUGUAACCGCAACCAACUUUUGUCCUCCAAACUUAGCUCAGCCUAGCGACAACGGAGGCUGGUGCAACCCACCACGCGCUCACUUCGACCUCGCCAUGCCCGUUUUCCUCAAGCUCGCUGAGUAUCGCGCCGGCAUUGUCCCAAUCUCUUACCGCAGGGUGGCAUGUAGGAAGAGUGGAGGGAUAAGGUUCACGAUCAACGGUCACCGUUACUUCAACUUGGUGCUGAUAACGAACGUGGCGGGAGCAGGAGACAUCGUGAGGACGAGCGUGAAAGGAUCAAAGACUGGUUGGAUGGGCUUGACUAGGAACUGGGGACAGAACUGGCAGUCUAAUACUGUUCUCGUUGGUCAGUCACUUUCCUUCCGUGUCACAGCCAGUGACCGUAGAACCUCUACUUCAUGGAACAUCGUACCUUCCAACUGGCAGUUUGGACAAACCUUUGUCGGAAAGAAUUUCAGGGUCUAAGCGAAUUUGGGAAAAUCGAAACAUUCAAGUGGUAUAGACGAAGAAGCUCUACUGCUAAAUUUAUAUUUCCUGUUAUCUUUUACUUUAUGUUUACUGUGAUCUGAAGUGGCUGUUGAAAAAAUUGUAAACAGCCCGCAGCUCUUAAAUUACAUAAGUUUGCUUAUAAUGUCGAAUUUUUAUAAAUUACCACUUGCUCAUAAUCAAAUGUGCUCUCUUAUCAAUCCAAUUGUAAUUUAAUUUAAUUUAACUUUUUUUUCCUAUACAAAUGUUUUCAAUACGUCCUCGAACUGGAUAAUUCAUACUAAGUAAUGUACUCUUAACAACAAUGAAAUGAAAAUAUACAUAAGAAGGGCUCAUAUCAAGUGUAUGAAUUGGAAGGACCGUCAUCGAGGGAAAGGGAUGAAGAAAAUAGCCCAGAAUCGAAAAGGGGAAAAAGAGAAAGACAUAUAUAUCAUAUCUCCUUCUCCUUCGAUUUCGAUUUGGGUUUUUCUCAAUCCCACAAGAGUUUUGUUCACACUCCCCACUCAAUCCUCUCUUCUUUAUAAUCAUCGCCCACAAGUAUUUGAAAAUUUCAUGUUAAGAAAGAAAACUACAGAUCCACUUUCCCGGAAAGCAUAUGGAAUAUCAGAGAGAAACGAAUCAGAACAACGAUGAAGAAGACGGCGUAGAGCA